CGGAUUUGUUUGGUAGGACGUGAGUUUGCAUGUUAACUUAACAUUUAAACAUUACAUUGUUUUAUUGAUGAUGCCUGUUGGAUUUAUGGACAUUUUAUUACUCAACGGUCAUUACCGUAUUGAAUUCAGGAUUACUGAGAUUGAAUAUUAGAGGAGUAGAUUAAACAAACAAUUGAACUAUUGUAGAUAUUUUGACUACCACGUAAUACAAGCACGAUGUGUGACCUAGAAACGUACGAGUGCUCGGACCUCGGUCUUUUCUUCCCAAUUACGAACGAGUACACAUGGGCCAAAAGUUUCCGAAUAAUCGUGUACCUGGUUGGGUUGCUAUGGAGCUUUAUGGGCGUCUCCAUCAUCGCUGACAUGUUCAUGGAGGCCAUCGAAACCAUCACAAGCAAGAAACAAAAACUCAAAUUAGUGGAUCCCUCCUCUGAGACCGGCUUCCAGGAAAUCGAGGUUUUGGCGUGGAACGGCACGGUCGCCAAUCUGACUCUCAUGGCUCUAGGGUCGAGCGCCCCCGAGAUUCUCCUUUCAGUGAUUGAGAUUCUCAAAGAGUCGUUCAUGGCUGGGCCUCUUGGUCCUGGCACUAUUGUCGGUUCUGCAGCCUUUAACCUCAUGUGUAUCACCGGCAUUUGUGUCAUUUCAGUACCCAAAGGGGAAGUUAGAAAAAUAGAUCUCAUUAAAGUGUUUGCAAUUACAUGUAUAUUCUCUAUAUGGGCAUACAUAUGGCUAAUAAUAAUCUUAAUAGUCAUAACUCCGGAUUACGUUGACAUGUGGGAGGCGUUUGUCACGUUACUGUUCUUCCCCAUCAUGGUGUUGCUGGCGUACCUGGCCGACAAGAACUUCUUCAUGAAGGAGACGAAGGUGAAAUCUGGGGAUGAGGAGCAUCUGGACCUAGUGGAGGCAGCUCGUGACGCGAUGCUGAAGGGGACGGAACUGCCGGACGAGGUUCACGCCAGCAAGAAACUUGUGCUAGAGUUUGUCAGGAAACUACGUCAUGAGCGUGGUAUCGAUGACAAGGAUGUGUCAAAGCUGAUCUCGUACGUGAUGGCGAAGGAGCAGCAUCAUGGGCGUGGCUGGUACCGGCGGAACGCCAUCCGCAACUUGACCGGCUCUACCAAGAUGGAGCCAGUACUUGACGAGAAAACACAAGAGCUUCUGGAGACGAUGCUAGUGGCUGAUGACAUAAGUGGAUCUACGACCUCGAUCAACAUGUCGGAACCGGAAAUGAGGAACAAGGCGCUCGUGGAGUUUGCUGCCUCACAGGCUGCUGUUCUAGAGAGGGACGGACGCGUGAAGCUGACCAUCCUCAGGCGCGGAAAACUCGACAACAGGGUUCUUGUGCGCAUAGAGACAUCGGACGGCACGGCGGAGGCUGGCACUGACUUCAAGGAGAUUAAGGAGACUAUCGUGUUUGACCCGAACCAGACGCAUAAGGAGGUGGAGAUCGAGAUUAUAGACGACAACAUUUGGGAGCCGGACGAGGUUUUCUUUGUCCGCCUCAGCGUGGAGCCGGACACCGGCUGCACGAUCGGCAAUCGCAAGAUCUGCCAGGUCACCAUCCUCAACGACGACUCUCCGGGCACUAUCCAGUUCGAGAAGCCUAGCUACCUGUUCAAGGAGAGCUGCGGGACAGCGCGCAUCCCCGUGCAACGCGUGGACGGCGCAGACGGCGAGUUGCGCGUCCACUGGAAAACGAAGGACCUGCUGGCCAUCAGGGGUCGCGACUACGUGGAGGGGGAGGGCGAGGUCGUCUUCAAGCACGGAGAGGUGGAGAAACACAUCGAAAUCACCAUCAACGACGAUAUGGAGUUUGAAAAGGACGAGAAUUUCGAGCUGAUUCUGGACACAGUGGUGACGAAAGGCGCCAAGCUGGGUAACCUUCACCGCACCGUGGUCACCAUCGUUAACGACGACGAGUUUGACGGUUUCGUAUCCCGCAUCUCUAAUCUAACGAACGCCAACCUGGACGCAUUGAGGAUGCAGCGGGCUACAUGGGGGCAGAAAUUCGUAGAGGCAAUGAACGUGAACGGUGGCGACCUAGAGAAUGCCACUGUGUUUGACUACAUCAUGCAUUUCUUCACAUUUGGAUGGAAGCUGGUGUUCGCGCUGGUUCCGCCGCCGACGAUCUGGGGUGGCUGGCUGUGUUUCUUUGUCUCCCUCGCCUUUAUUGGCGUCCUGACCGCUUGCAUCGGCGACCUCGCGUCCAUCUUUGGAUGCCUCAUUGGCCUUAAACCGGAAGUUGUCGCCAUUACAUUUGUGGCACUUGGCACGAGUUUACCAGACACAUUCGCUAGCCGGACUGCGGUUGUGAACGAGAAGCACGCGGACAUGGCGAUUGGCAACGUAACAGGAAGCAAUGGGGUCAACGUGUUUUUGGGCCUCGGGCUUCCCUGGGUCAUUGCAUCCAUCUACUGGACUGCGCAGGGCAAAUCGUUUGAGGUUCCCGCGGGCAACCUGGGCUUCAGUGUCACUGUAUUCACUAUCUGUGCUUUGGUGACCGUGGCCAUCAUCUUCGCCCGGCGCUACAUCUCAUUUUUCGGCGGCGAGCUUGGCGGACCCGCUGUCCCGAAGAUGGUUACCGGCGUCGUCUUAGUCUUCAUCUGGAUCCUGUAUGUGAUCCUCUCUGCUCUCCAGUCGUACACGCACAUUCCAGGCUUUUAGACAGUUGCCCUUUUGCCCUUGAACGUUUCAGAUACUCAUGAAUGGUGGCAUAAACAUGAGCAAUUUAACUUAAAAUGUUGGAAUACAUACUGCAACAUGAAGACGCUCAUAAGAAUGUGAAGUGUAUAGGCGAUGAAAUGGUCUGUGAUUUUCAAUUGCGAGUCAAUUUAUUUUUAGUCAGGUACUAUUUUUACAAUACAUAUAUAUUCAUGCAUGUAGAAAAUGACCUAAUAUAAUACUUAAUCUUUUUUAGUAUUGCUGUAUUGCAAUUGUUAUUACAAGCUUCACUUUUGUUUUAAAGCUGCCUACACACGAUACUAAACGGAGAUUUUCAUAGCUAUAAGUUUAACUUUCUGUAGGUGUAUUUGUUAUGGGUCCCAAGUAUGCAUAAAGUGAUACAUGUAUACUUAGUAUGUGAGCAUUUUCUGUGAUAUUCUUGCUUAUUCCGUCCAUUUUAAAUGUAGUUACAUGUACAUCAAUAGCUCAAGAUGUUUUUAUGUUCUUUUUUUGAACAGAUUCAUGAUAUUUCCGAAUAAGUGAGUAGUGGCAUUAUGUAUUUCAAAACCUUUUGCAUAUCAACUUCAUUAUUAUUGGAAGUGAAUGAACAUAGACAGUUUGAUUGAGUGCUUAAAACUGUAUGAGUGCUUUAUUUAUUUGUUUUAUUUAUGAGAAAAAUUGCCUUAAAUGUACCUCAAUAUACACAUGGAAAUGUGGAUAGUCAAUGUAUAUGUGUUAUUGUUUAUCAUCCUAAUUUAUUGUCAUCAAUUAAUUUUGAAGACACCCUUGUAAGGAAACUUCAAGACUUUUUGUGUAUUUUUGUGUGAUGUCUCAUUUUUCGCUUGAUGCGACUACUUCAUGCAUUAACUAAUAUUCCAAAUAAUAACCGAUACCAGCACCCGUAACUCUCACUGUGAUAUUUACAGCAUUAAAAACAUUGCACCCAGCAUUGUUACUUUACUAGCAAUUAAACUUAAUAAACUAUUUUGAUUGGUAUAUACAGUGUUUAAUGUUCAGCAUUUCCUGUUUGUGUUUGCAGUUAAUCAUCAGGCACUGCUUUCAUUCAUUGGUGACUUGUUCUUUUCAUUUAAAUGGAGUCAUCUUUGCAAGAUGAAUUGAAGUGAACCUAAAUACACUAAUUGAAUUGAAAAAUCCAAAUAAAAAACAUUAUUUUCAUAGAUAAAUGUGAAUAAUAACUAUAAAUACGGACUAUGUUGACGAGUAUCCUAGCAACAAAAAAACCCAUAGUCUUUUCGUACACUUGGUGUUACAUGUAUGUUUUGAACAGUUGCAAACGCCAGUCAAAAUCAGUCAAUGACAUUUAAAACAAGACUUUAAAAUCAUUUGAAAAUAUGGUGAAGAUGCAUCAUGUUUCAUUCCACUAAGUUACUGUAAAGAUACUCUACAAUGUAAUUUAUGCCAUUAUAAAAUCUCAUGUACAUGUAUUACCAUUGCCUGUUUCUUCAUGCCUCUACAUACUACAUCACAGUGUUAAGAUUGUACUAGAUCCCCUAUACAGUGUUUUGUAUAACUUGUAGAUAUAUUUUUCAUGGAAAUAAAUUAGAAAUAGCUCA